AUGUAUCGAAUAUUGCAUACAGCUCGAUUAUUACCAUCUUCGAUUAUUAUUCGAUUGAAUUCAACAAAUAAAAUUCCUAUACGAAAUUUACCAACUAUUGAUGAUGAAGAUGAUGAUGAUGAUGAUCGAUCAAAGAAAAUCUUAUCAUCUAAAGAUUAUAUAUUUGCUGAUUCAAAAUCAUCUCGAUUUAAAGAAAAAAAUGCUCGUAAACAAAAGCAAUGGUUUAAAGAACUUGAACAACGAAAAAUUAUUCCAAAAACACCAUUAUCAUCAUUUAGUAAAGAAACGAAAACAACGUCUGAAAAAAUUCAAGAACAAAAUUCAAAUAAUAAAAUCAUUCGAGAUACAUAUGUUACACCUGAUGGUAUCAUACAUGAAGAUAAUUUUCAAAUUAAUUUUGAUACAGAUCUCGAUGAAGAUGAAGAAGAAAAAGAACCUGAUGAACCAAUACCUUUAGCUGUUGGUGGACGUCGAUAUCCAGUAUGGUAUUAUGCAGGCAAAUUAAAAGAGUUGGCAUCACAAAAUAAGGUUCAAGAAACACUCGAUUACUUUUAUAAAGAAAUGAUGGAUAAGGAACGAAUUGCUCCAAAUCUUUUUUGUUAUCAAGUUGUAAUUGGUAUUUGUGCACGAAAUGGUUAUUUAACACAAACAUUUGAUCUUUAUCGAGAAAUGAAAAAUCGUGGAUAUUCAACAGUAGAUUCUCGAAAGAUGACAAAAAUUUUUACAUUAUUAGCUACUGCUUGUUAUCGUGCAUCAGAUAGUAAAAUGGCCAUUGAUCGUGCUACACAAUUUGUUGAUGAAAUGAAAGAUAAAGGCAUGAUUUCGUAUUGA